CUUGGGUCCCUCCUUACAACGGAUAUAACCCCUUCUCGACUCUUCUUCUUCUUCCUUCAUUGCCGAAUCUUAACCCGACCCGAAUUCUGACUUCAAUUGCCCUCAAAUUCUCGUCUCUUUCUCCGAAAUGGCCCCUUCCACUGAUCCCGCAACUUGGGUCCAUGAAUCCUCCAUCAUCAAAGAGGAUGAACUUCGAGAGAUGGCCGAAUUUCUAGGCAAAGGCUUCCGGAUCCACCAUCGUGAUGCUGUCGGGGGAAUCAGUUUAUCUCGUAAUCCGGACCCCCAGAAGUAUAUGGUCAUGUACUACCAUUCGGUGGGGAACAGGUUCAGAUUGCCCCUCCAUGGUUUGGUUCGCGACAUGUGCCAGACCUUUGAGUUUCCCCCUGGUCAACUGACCGCGAAUGCGCACAAAUAUGUCGCGUCCUACAUCUUGCGGUGUUGUGCCUUGGACAAAACCCCAACACUAGACGAAUUCUUUGUCCUUUUUAGCAUCGGUGGAGAUUUCCCUUUCUAUAGUGUGUUUCCUCACCCCCAAUUCCCAGUUUUUGAGAAGGUUGAGUCCAAAAUCGAUAGGUGGGCCCGCCGCUACUUCGUCAUUGAAUUCCCGGCUCACAGCCCCCUAGAUCUGUCGGGUAUAGUAUGCCGUAGUUCUCUCUCCCGGAAUCCGUUCGCAACCGCGCCCGAAGCGGAAGGAGCGUACAACGCCCUGAGAGAGGAAGGGGGACUGAUUUCACAUCAUUCCCUUCAGGACGCCAGGUUGCACAAGAAGGCGGAUUUCUAUUACCCUCUGGGCCCUGACCCCUUCCCGUUUGAAGGGGUAUCUUCCCCCAGAAGGUCAAAGGCUUCUCCUGUUGUGGAAUCUCAUCCAGCCGAGAACUCCUCUAGGAACCAAGCCCAAGGUGAUGCUACUGCCCUGGCAAUUUGCAAACCAUUUGCCGCCCUGGACGUUGUUCCCAUUUCUGCCAUUCCUGGGCUAAGGAAGCCCACACCGUCCCAAAAGAGGCCACGGGAAGGGGUAACUGAUGACGACUUCCUUCCCAAGAAGAGUAGGGGUGAUGGUACCCCUGCUUCACCCCGCCCUCUAACUGCUUCUUCUGGUACUAAGGACGCCACCCCUGUUGCCGCAUCCGGAGGGCUGGAGUUACCCAACCCAGAUAGCUUGGAUCAUGAUGCGGAUAAAUCCCCUGACCAAGCACCGCUCCAAAGACCAACGGCCUCCCACUCCACCAUCCAGGUCAAUCUGGAGAAGAUGACGGGAUUGGUGCAGGGGCCCACAAUUUCCCAGGCACGCCCUGACCUGCUUGCCCUCAAUGCCCUUUACUCCAUAGAGCAGGCCCAACAAUCACUCCUCACUCUGACUAAGGAGUACCUGGGCGGAGCAUGGGGGAAUUAUCGGGCCAUGGUGGUCCUGAAGGACAAGGAAUUGGCCGCCAGGGCUCUACAACAGAAGGUUGAUUCCCUCGAGCAGCAAGUCCAGGCCCUACAAGAGGAGAAUUCCAGGCUCAAAGCAGACGCCUCAGCGGAACUGAUGGAUGAAAGGUCCAGGGUCAAGUCCCUACAAGAGCAGAUCGCCACUUACCAAGGGAGUACCCACGACCUGGAAACAUAGUUUGACAAACUCCGGGCACAAAUUGUAACGCCCUGCAACCCGGUCUAAUAGAAUUGAUUAAUUUAAUUAAUUAGUUGCUGUUCC